GCAUGGGGAAUAUAUGAGGACAUAGUAUGCAACUAUAUAUAUAGGUCUUGCCGUCUUGUGUUAAUUGGCUGCAGGGGGGUUAAUGUGAGGACGUAAAAUGAAGAGAUUCUCAACUAUCUCCAUCGCCCUCCUUAUCCUCCUCCCUCUCUUAGCUUCAUGUGCAGAAAAACAGGUUUACAUAGUGUACUUUGGAGGGAACAAUGGAGAAAAAUCAUUGCAUGAGAUUCAAGACACUCAUCAUUCAUAUCUGCUCUCUGUGAAAACGACUGAGGACGAAGCCAGAGAUUCUCUACUUUACAGCUACAAGCACAGCAUCAAUGGCUUCGCCGCAUUGCUCACACCCGAAGAAGCCUCCAAGCUAUCUGAUAUGGAGGAAGUGGUAUCAGUGUUUGGGAGCGACCCAAAGAAGUAUUCUUUGCACACGACAAGAUCAUGGGAGUUUAUAGGCUUGGAAGAAGGAGAGGGAGAUCAAAAGAACUUCUGGAGUGGAGGAAAUGAGUUGCUGUCCAAAGCCAAGUAUGGAAAAGAUGUUAUAGUUGGGCUCUUGGAUAGCGGUGUUUGGCCAGAAUCAAAGAGCUUCAGCGAUGAAGGAAUGGGACCCAUCCCAAAAUCAUGGAAAGGAAUCUGCCAAACAGGAGGCGCUUUUAACGCAUCCCAUUGUAAUAGGAAGCUGAUUGGAGCCCGAUACUACCUCAAGGGUUACGAGACAUACUUCGGCUCUCUAAACACCACUGAGGAUUACCGAUCACCUCGCGACAAAGAUGGCCAUGGAACACACACUGCCUCCACAGUUGGAGGCCGAUGGGUCCCCAAUGCCUCGGCCAUUGGCGGCUUUGCUCGUGGCACUGCCUCCGGCGGAGCUCCGCUUGUCCGCCUCGCUAUAUACAAAGUCUGCUGGCCAAUACCGGGCCAACAAAAAGUGGUGGGUAACACGUGCUUUGAGGAAGAUAUGUUGGCGGCCAUUGACGAUGCCAUUGCUGACGGUGUUGAUGUACUAAGCAUUUCCAUUGGGACUGCUACGUCGUAUCCUUUUAUCAACGAUGGAAUUGCAGUUGGAGCACUCCAUGCCUCGAAGAAAAACAUUGUGGUGGCGUGUAGUGCUGGGAACUCUGGCCCUGGACCUUCAACUUUGUCGAACGUGGCUCCAUGGAUGAUCACCGUUGGUGCUAGUAGUGUGGAUCGUGAGUUUGUCUCUCCUGUCGUGCUAGGAAAUGGUUUGAGAAUUGAGGGCCAAACAGUGACUCCAUUCAAGAUGGAGAAUAAGUUGUAUCCAUUAGCAUACGCGGCAGAUGUUGUUAACCCAGGCGUGUCCAAAGCCGUUGUAGGACAAUGCCUUCCCGGCUCUCUUUCACCUGAGAAGGUCAAAGGAAAGAUAGUUUUGUGCGUGAGAGGUAAUGGGACAAGAGUUGGAAAAGGCCUGGAAGUGAAGAGGGCUGGUGGUGCUGGUUUCAUCCUUGGAAACAGUAAGGCAAACGGAGCUGAGUUAACAUGUGAUCCUCAUUUGCUUCCGGCCACCGCAGUAACUUACGACGAUGCCGUCAGAAUUUGGAAAUACAUCAACUCUACCAAGAAUCCAAUGGCUACUAUCAUACCGGCUAAGACAGUGCUAUAUACCAAGCCAGCACCAUUCAUGACCGCAUUCACUAGUAGAGGUCCAAAUUCUAUUGACCCUAAUAUUCUCAAGCCCGAUAUCACAGCUCCAGGGCUGAAUAUACUGGCAGCAUGGAGCGAGGGCGAUCCUCCUACAAAGUUGACACAAGAUCACAGAAUUGCAAAGUUCAAUAUUUUCUCUGGAACUUCAAUGUCUUGCCCUCAUGUGGCUGCUGCGGCUGCACUUCUCAAAGCCAUACACCCUACUUGGAGCAGUGCCGCAAUAAGAUCUGCUCUCAUGACCACAGCCGGGUUAAUAAACAACAUGGGUUUGCCAUUGGGCGACCAAUCUGGCAAUCCAGCCACUCCCUUUGCAUAUGGCUCCGGCCACUUCCGGCCCACAAAAGCAUCGGACCCCGGUCUAGUAUACGACGCCUCAUAUACCGACUACCUUCUCUACUUAUGCAGCAUUGGCUCAAUCAAGUGUCCGACAGUUCCACCCACACCAAACAACCUCAACUAUCCGUCCUUGGCAAUCUCCAAACUCAAUGGAACCGUCACCGUUAAGAGGACAGUCACAAACGUUGGUCACCGCAAGAGUGUGUACUUCUUUACUUCCAAACCACCUUUGGGAUUCUCCAUAAAGGCCUCCCCAAGUAUUUUGUUCUUCGAUCAUCUUGGCCAGAAACAAAACUUCACCAUCACGGUGAAAGUAAGAGGUGAUCAGACGCUGAUCAACAAGCUUGCCAAGGAUGAGUAUGCUUUUGGGUGGUAUUCUUGGAUUGACGGACAACAUAUUGUAAGAAGUCCAAUGGCAGUGUCUUUAGCAUAAUUAUAUGAUUUCUUAGUAACUUGUAAAUUUAAUUUGAUGGUUCUUAGCCAUAGAGAAGAAAGGAAAAAGAAAAACAGUCUUUAAAAGCGUUUAUAUGAUAUGGUUUAAGAUUAAUGUGUUUGUUUC